AUGGCGAGAGCAGGAGGAGAUGGGGUCCAGAAGUCCAGAACUCUCUGCCUAGCAAGGCCCGUUGGUGCCGUUGUUGAGCCUCCCCCCGGCCGUGCGAGUGAAAUGACUCUUACUACUGCUUGCUGCUGGGCUGGACUGGGCCGGCCGGUCAUUUUCCCAUAUUCCUCUAUCAAUGCCUCAGCUCCCGGCGCGGCGCAAACGAGCAACCCCAAACCGCAAUCGAUUUUCACACUCACGGCGUUCCAAGAGCAGCAAAUCUGCGUGCAGUCGUGCUUCACGUACGGCUACGGGUGCACGACAGACCUGGUGGGCUCGGCGAUCGGGUGCUCGAUCGACUCGUGCGCUUUCGGCACGUCGACGGGCUUCGGGGCCCUGGACAGCUGCUACUGCCGCGGCGACCUGCAGUUCGCGGCCGAGAGCUACCUGACGAGCUGCAUCCAGGAGUCGUGCACCGUGGGCGACACGUCGCUGAACAUCGCCGCCGCCGUGUCCAUCUACGGCGGCUACUGCACGUCGCUGGGGUACACGGCUCUGCCGGCGGACAAUGUCGCCGAGACCACGGCGUCAGACAGCAACCCGACGUCGACGGGCUCGAACAACAACAACAACGGCGCUGCAUCGUCCACGGUGGACAUUUUCGCCACUAGCCCUACAAGCAACAGCGGCUCCGGCUCCUCCUCUUCAGGCUCCACCUCGGGCUCCUCGCCAUCUUCCUCCUCCUCCUCAAACACGACGACAUAUAUCGUUCUCGGCGUGAUGGGCGGCUUCGCCCUGAUCCUCCUCACGCUCGCCGGUGUAUGGUUCCGGAAAUACCGCAGGCUGAGGCGCACACAGGCCCAGCAGGCGCAGUUCCGCUACGGCGCGCCCCCGCCACCGCUCCCCUACGGCUACAACAACGGUGUCAUGGGCGGCGGUGCCGGCUCACAGGUGUCCAGCCACCCCUUGUACAACAGACAGGACGAUAUAUAUCCGGACGACUCGGUCUCGACCAUCCACGUGGCGCCCGCGUAUCCGCACCCAAUGGAGCCGAGUUUGGUUUCGACGCAGAUGCGUUGA